AUGCCCAAAUACGCACGCUUCUACUCUGCUACGGAAGCGGAAGCAGUGAAGAGCUUUCCUCGACUCUGCCUUCGGCAAACUGACGCACCGUGCUUCAGCAGCGACGAUGCGCAGAAACUUGCCGGCCUCCUCGAUGGUACUCUGACAAUAUCCUCGCGCCCGCGCAACGAUAUCAACCAACCGCUAUUCCGCCCCAAACCAGUCAUUCGGUCUGUCGAAGAGCUUGUAUCCAACGCAUCCGGAUUCAUCAUCGCCCGCGAGACUGUACAUCGCGACAAGUUCGUGCAUCAUGACAAUACCUCCGAAGAGUCAGCUUCCGAGUGGAAGACCAGGAGCCGUACACCGAGCUCAGACGAGCGGUCGCCGCGGACAGUUCGUAUCACUACUCCUAGUCUGAGCGUGAGGGAAACUGCCUCCAGCGAUUGGUCAGAUGAUGACAUGGCGCAUGUGCCGAAGCGCACCCACAUGAACCAGGUCCACGGCUGGGUGUCGUUCCCUGACCAUUACGCUUUGUAUCCGGACAAUGUGCUGCAAAAUAUGGACACGCAGUUUUCCAAGUGGUCCCACGAUCUCAGCGAAGGCACCACCGCGGUCCCUUUUGCCAUGGCGCAAGCUCCACCCGACACCCACGAGAGCCUUGUUAAGGUCGACCGAGAGUUCUGGAUUACAGGGAAUGAGAGUGCUAACGUGGAGAGUGCUAAUAGCAAGGCCGUAGCCAAAGCAGUACUCGAGCGCGCGCAGAAAAAGAGCCCCAAGCCUCUUUAUUCGACCAAGCCGGCUGGAAUACCGAAGCUCAAGAUGUCGACCGCUAGCGACGCCACUUCCAAAGACGACUCUUCGUCCAAGCGCGCGGCGCUUAUUGCUAAGAGCAAGACAGCGAAAGAAAGCUCUCUCGUGAUCAGCAGGUCGGCUAACCAGCGACGAUCUGCGAUGCACAGGAACAAGAGCCGCCGGUCGAUCAUGCCGUCACCACCACCUACAGCGAGGAAAUUGGAGCCCGUGAAGAAGCAAGAAGCGCAGACCGAAGAGUCACGACCUACCAUCCUCAUCUUGGACCGCAAGGAGGAUGAUCAACAUCGUGAACUCGACUCUGCUUUACAGAAGGGCACGCUCGAUUGGAGUAACGACAGACACGUGGACUUGCUCAUGAAGCGAUUGAGGGGCACAGAAGCAGACAACGACGAGGAUAGAGGCCGAGUGGUUGACAGAAUUGAGGAGACCGAACAAGCCGGUAAGACACAAAGACUGAAGAGAAAGGCGAGGAAAAUGGCGAAAAGCAGUGCCACGAAAUAG